AUGGCGACCCUGCCUUCAACCCUUCAUUGCUCCCUUCAACACUGCACAUUCAAUCCAAAUAUGCUGCAAGCUUUAAACUCUCUAACACUGAAAAAUGAAAUCCUUUCCAGUUUUCCGCUUCAAAUGGCUCUCCACUUCAACAUUUCACUAUUUCCCUUUCAUUUAAUUCAAAUUCUACUCGCUUUGUAUUUCAAGUAUGAUUUGAUGACUCUGACAUUUCGAGUAAUACUCUACUCUGCCUAUAUCGUACAUAUAAGCAGCGAAGCAAUACGACUAGGUCUCGGCUUCUACGGAAACCUCGCAGAAAACAUGUCCGCACUUUCCGGAUUCCUAAUUACAUCAAGCCUAAUUCAACUUCCGAUUACGGUGUUCCUUCUCGCGUCAACAUCAUACCCAAAACUCCCAUUGGAAUACGUUUUUUAUCCAGUUUUUAUAAUAUUUAUAAUGAUUGAAAUCGUUUUUGGAAUCGCCGCGCUGAAACGAACCGCAACUCGGGAAAUGUCGAAGUACGCUAAAAUCAUUAUGGAAGACCAAUCGAAUUCGCGAUAUUAA